GAAAGCUGGAGAAGUCCCUCGCUAACCUGGAGCCUGCGUGGUGCCCCUUUGAGCCACUGGAGGAGGUUAGCAGCUCUAGCUACGAGAACCACGAGGCAGAGACCCAGGCAGAGCCUCGAGGAGGCUGAGCUGUCAGCUCCUGUCCAUUUGCAAGGCCACACUUCUCCUGCCGCACCAGUGCGACCCAGUGGCCAACAAGUUUCGCUUCUUACAGAGCAUUUCCCAGUUUCCCAAGCGCCUUCACAAAUCAUGCUGCCUGACUGACAUCCGUUGUUGGAUUAUCAGCUGCUGGAGGAAAGGGUCUCAGAGAUCAUCCUCUUGGGUCCCGCUGUGUGACUCUGGCUAAGUUACUUGCCCUCUCUGGGUGUCACUGCUGCAGCUGAGAGCCUGGACUCUGGAGAGGGGCUGGUGGCGAGUGGAUUUUCCAGGCUUCAACAAGCUCUGGAACCCUCGGACGUUCUAAUGGAGAACCAUUCACUGGGCUCCAGGGAAACAAACUCAGAUGUAUUAUAAUCUUUCCUUCAACCCAGCUUGUAAGCCCUAAAUGCUUUCCAGAAGCCUCAUAGCACUUCUCUGAGCUCCUUGCCAAGCCCUGUUUUGAGACAAGGAAGUUAGGGGGAGUUUCUGAGUCCCAUACAGCUCUAUUUUUGUCUGGAAUGUGCCUUCCUGCUCACCCGCCACCGGUGCCUUGUGAGCAGAGGCAGAGUGUGUGGUCAGCGGGGCCCAAGCAGUGAAUAGCAGCCGACGGAGAAACGAUCUGUUACAUGUGUGGGGAGUCGGGCAGAGGCGCAGACCAGCCGGCCCAGCGUCUUUGCCAGGGGGCUCUAGUCAUCGAAUCCGGGCCAAAACCUCUCCAUAGGACCCGAAGGACAAGACGCUGGCCUGUGAUCCCUCCUGGCAUGGCAGGUGGGAGCCCCGGGAGCUCCUCAGCUGGGCCUGGCUUGGGGAGGGGGUGCUCAGUCUCCCCCGCUGGCUUCCCGAAUGGAGGUGAACCCUUCCACAUCCGCAUGCGAGGUCAGCAUGGGGUGUUUAGGCUGGGCUUGACCUUGAAUUACAGCAGGAAAGAGCAAAGACGAGCUCGUCUUUCCUCCGGGACAGCCUGUUCUCAGACCCGCGAAGGUCUGUGUUCCGGCCACUCCUCUCCAUCUCUAAACAAAGGCGUCUUCACAGGCCUCAGCCCUGAUCACUGAAGUUCACAAGAGGUUAGUGGGGCUUGGGGCUUGCCUUACCCCUGACCCCAGGCAGGGUCUAGCAUGACCAGUGACAUUUACUGUGGAGGGAGCACCCAAACAAGAAAGGUUGGACACACCUCUAGCACAAAAAUGAGGGCCUAGGAAGUGCAUAUGCGUGCGUGUGUUGGCACGUGCAUAAGCGUGCAUGAACGUGAGUGCGUGUGUGUGAUGUACACGGACACAGGCCUUAUCUCUGUGGGCCACGAGCCCCGUGCAGAGACCAAGGUGGGCUUUCUCAGACUAGCUGCUGCCCAAAUCCCAGUUUCAGGCUAGACGCAAGGAGGGGGAAGUCACAGGGGGUGUCUGCAGCCAUCACCAUCAUCCCCAAAGCAAAAGCCUGAUGCCUCUAGGACUGGACAUUUAAGAAAAUACUGUAGCCAGGUGGUUACGUAGGCCACACGCCCCACAGCAGAAGUGGGGUGGCCAUGUACAGCCCUCGCUGACUCCCCAAGUGUGUCUCGGUGACAAGUGCCGCAUGGACGCCAACAGUGUCCAGGGCACGUUGGUCGCGUCAGGAAGCCUGGAGGCACCUGGAGGGAGUCCCAAUGACCUGCGCGGGAGGCCACGCAAGCCUGCGCACGCCUGUUGCCAACUUGGGGAACCCUAACUUGCAGGUGGCUCGUUCGGCGAAAAGGAGCAGAAGGAAAGACUGGGAUGAGCCGCUCUCGGGAGGGACGCGGUGGAGAGCAGAAGGGCUCUGGCAACGAUCCCAUUGCUGGUCAUAAUGACAAGCCUUCCAGAGACCUUCAUGGUGUGCCCAGCUGGCCUUGGCACUCUAGACAGUGAAUCAUUUAAUCUGCGGAAAGGUGCAGAAAGGGCGAGCCACUGGCCCAGCUCGCCGAGCUCGUAGGAGAUGGGAGAAGGCAGGGCCUGAACCGGGGGUCUGGCUCCCUUCUGCUCGCAAAGUGCCCAUCAGACUAUUUCCUGAUUAAUUCAACAAAGAGGUACCGAAUGCUUCUUUGUCCAAGGCACUCACUUAAGGAGAGAAGCCAAGACCUAUAUCCAUGGUCAGAGUUCAGUAAAGGACACCUGCUUACCCUGUUCCCUACACUUAAAGCCCUUCUUUCCAACGUGUUGGCCACUCCCCAUUUCUGAAGGCCUCUUCUGACCAAGGGUAGGAGAGCCCUGUGCCAUCUCUACAGACCCCUCUCCAGUCUGGGUCUUUGCAGAAUGAGGAACACAAGGCUUGUGCUACUUCGCAGACCCCUGGGUGCCCCUUUGGGACAGGACCCAGUUUUAUUCCUCUCCAGACCCCCGGAGCCACACCCAGGGCCGAGCGGGCCACCACUAUGCACUAAACGCCCUUGAGUGGAGGUUCAGGAUGCUACUGAAAUGGGUCGUUGUCACAGCUUCCCUGCUCGAGGCCACAGCACAGCGCCCAGCGUGGCCCCCAGGAGCAAAGAGGAGAGAGCCAAGCGCACAUCUGCCCGUUAACUUUCGCUUCCCCUUGGUUUGCCAGGAGAGACCGGCAGAGGCCAGGGCCAACGUGGAUGACUCAGCGCCCCCCUCCGUGGCCCAGCUGGCUGGGCGGUUCAGGGAGCAGGCAGCCGCUGCAAAGGAGACACCAGCCUGUAAACCAACGAGAAGGAAACCGCCCUGCUCCCUUCCCCUGUUCCCCCCCAAGGUAGAGCUGGGCCAGAACGGUGAGGAGAAAUCACCGCCCAGUGCAAGCCACCCUCCUAAAAUCAAGGUGAAGAGCUCGCCUCUGAUCGAGAAGCUUCAGGCCAAUUUAGCUUUCGAUCCCGCAGCUCUGCUGCCUGGGGCCUCGCCCAAGAGUCCUGGACUUAAGGCCGUGGUGUCACCGUUCCAGAGCCCACCCUCCACUCCCAGCAGCCCUGGCGUGCGGUCUCAGGCCGGGGAGCCCGAGGAUGUGCCUGUGAGCUUUGACCAGCCUCCUGAAGGGAGCCGUCUGCCCUGUUACAACAAGGUGCGGACGAAGGGCUCCAUAAAAAGGCGUCCUCCCUCCAGGCGAUUCCGGAGGUCCCAGUCAGACUGUGGGGACCUGGCAGACCUCAGGGCCCCCGAGUCAUCCCAGGAGAAUGGUGCCAAGGAAGAGAAUGGGGAUGAGGUGUUCCCAUCCCACAGCGGGGCCCUGGGUUCUCCUUCUCCCGGCGAGGGGCCAGUGGGGGCCCAGGAGAAGCCUCCUCUGAGGAGGACGUCCAGCCGAGCGGAGAGGCAGGAGAAGGGCCAGGCCGUGGAUGAAGCACAGCAGCCCCAGAAGGCUGUGGGGGGCUCUGAAGAGGAGGCCAGCCCACGUCCAGCCACAGGGGAGGCUGUCCAGCCAGCCCAAGCCUCCAACCCGGAGGCCGAGAAUGGUCGCAGGAUCCCCACAGAAGGAAAAGAAGAGACAGAAAAGAGGGAGGCAAAGGAGGAGACGGCAGCAAAGGAAGACGAUGAGCCCAGCCAGAGGAGCCAAGACACAGCGGGGUCGGCAGAGAGAGCUGUGGGGGAGGCCCCAGCAGGCCCCCCUGAAGGGGCGGAGGUUCCCCACAUCCUGGAGCAGGGCAAAGGCAAGGAAAGGGACGAGGAAGGGGCUGCUCUGGAGCCAGGCUGCCGCCCCAGCGAGGAGGCCCCCGAGACAGAGGAGAACACCCCUGUCCAGGACAGUAAGAUGUGAGGAGGUCACCGUGCCUUGUGAUGAGGCUGCCGGAGACGCCUCUUUCAAAGGAGCAACAAGAGUAGCAGCCAAUGAAGCCGUCGCUGACGCAGAGCUCGUGGAGGGUCUGGAGCGGCCCGAGACAGAGACCUCACUGUUUCUGGGUCUCCACGCUGACACUCUCUUGCAGGCAGAGAUCAGUCAAAGGCCGGCAGCCUUGCAUCACCUUGAGUUCGUGUCACUGGAUGGACUUGGUUUAAGAAAAAAAAAACAAAAACUUACUUAGAACAGUUUACUGUGGGGACAGCUCCCAGGGAUCCUCGCCAACCUGUGGGGCCUGGCUCCCAGCCGCACCCACCUGUCCCUGCGGCUGAUCUCAGAACUGGAUUCUGACUUAGCUUCUCAGAUUUUGUUUUGUGCAAAGCAAUAGCCUUUUUAACGCUCUGAACUUUUUAUGAUUCUCAGAUGUGAGUAAAAACUGAUUUCAGGUGGGUGGAAACAAAAGGAAAGAGUGUUGCUGAAAUAUAAAUCCCGUUAGUUACAGAAGACCUCAGUUACGGAAAAGCUUAAAUUGUGGAGACCCCGAGACAACCUCUCAGCUUUGUCCACAUGUGAACCGGCCAACCAAUUUUUAAAACAUUGGCGUGGAAGAGGUACUUACUGCACCAUUUAAAAAUAUGUAUUAGGAACCUCUGCUGUCCGGGAGUUUUCCAGUCUGUGGUACCCGGGGAGGUGACAGGCUCAGCCCAUGCUCUUCCCUGGGGAGGAGGAGGUGGAGACGGGCAGAUCCGGAGAAGCAAAUGUGAGGUGUCACGGUUCUGCACGCGCUGCCUUUCCUCAUCCUGAGAGCAGAGUGGGGAGACCUUAACAACGGCCGCCCCCUGACGCAUCUGGGGGAGGAAAUGUGCUGUUCUGCACGACGUCCUUGAACCUGGAGUAGGUGCUUCCUGGGAGGUGCUGGCGCGUCUGUUUUGAAAGGUACAGGAUGAAGACACCUUCCUAGCUUCCCGGAAGCUGCUCUUGAAUCAAAGCCCAGGCCUCCUUUCCAGAUGGGAUUGGGGGGCCUGGGUUUUCAGCCUCUUCUCAACGGGUUGCUCUGGCUUUAAUGUUCCGUGUGGAGAGUGCAAGGGGCUUUGCAAGGAGCAGGGGCCAUUUCCUCUCCCCUCCUGAUGCAAAGCUGUUUAUCCAAAUACAUGGUUAAUCUUUGGGUUUGGUUCUCAUCCAGGGCGGAGGGUUUCAGCGUCUCGCUGCGCUAAUGCGGUAGACGGAGCAGCUGUUUCUCUGAAGGUCCGUCUGACAGCCUCCUACCCUGACUUCAGAAAACCGUGUCCCAGACAGAAAGGCCUCUGUCCCUGCCGGUACCUCAGCAUUCUCAGUACAGUACAGGUUCCCAGGACCGUUUUCCUAACUCCGGAUAGUGUUCAUACUUGGGAUAUAUAUUUUUUCAAAGUUUUUUUUUUUUCAAAAGUUUUUUUCAAACCUUUUAAAAUACAAGCAUUUUCUAGACCUUGUAACUUAGUUAAGCCCGAAAUUUUAAGUUUUAUGUUUUAACAGGAUUUUGGAGCUAGGUGUGUCUGUUAUUUUGAGGUCUACAUAAUCCAUAGCUAUCCCUCCCUCCCCCAUCCACCCAUCCAUCCGUCUGUACCUGUCCCUCUCCUAUCUGCCCAUCCAUCUAUAUCAACAGAGAUGUGUUACCCCCUAAACAAUACAUGAUUUUAUUUACAUA